AUGUCGGACUGGGAAGAGGAUCCAGCCCUGCAGAGACCGCAGCCCAGACCCCCGGGCGAGGACCGGCCCCGGGACCGGGAACGGGGGUCCUACGGUGACAGGGACGGACCCCGGUUCGGAGGCCCCCGGCCCGGAGGCCCCAGGGACUGGAGACCGGAGCGGAGACCCGAGCACCGAGCCCCGGAGGGUGGGCGCGAAGGCCGCGUUUCCUACCCGGGCACGGACUUCGGUGCCCCCCGGGAGCGACGGGCCGGUGUCCGGUCGGACUGCAACCCGCCGGUGACCCUCACCGUGGAGAACGAUUAUAUCGGGAGAAUCAUAGGUAAAGGAGGAGCCAAAAUCCGUGAACUUGAAGAAAGCUCCAGAGCCAGCAUCAAGAUCAACCGGGGGGAUUAUGAAGGGGAGGUGCUCAUCUUCGGCCCCCCCGCUGCCCAGGAGAAGGCCAAGGAGAUGAUUGAACACUUGUUGACUUCUAGAUCACACAACGAGGCUGGUCCGGCAGGAGGCCAUGGAGGAGAUGGAGGAGUCAGCAACAGCUCGGUCUGGUCUUCUGACCAGUUAAAGGCUUCCAGGGACACUCCACCCAGCACAUUCAUAGACUGGAACGCCAUCCGGGAGAACAAGGACAAGUAUGAGGAGAUCAAGUGGCAGGACCUCCCACCCAUGAAGAAGAACUUUUACACGGAGGCCGAGAGUGUGUCCAAGCUGCUGGCAGAGGACGUCAGCGAAUGGAGGAAAGAGAAUAACAACAUCUUUGUGGACGACCUGAAGGAGGGAGGGGAGAAGCGACCCAUUCCUUAUCCCUGCCGCACCUUCCUGGAGGCGUUCGAACCUUUUCCAGGGAUCAUGGAAAAUAUUGUCCGAGUGGGCUUCGUCAAACCGACCCCCAUCCAGUCUCAGGCAUGGCCCGUGUUGAUGAGCGGAGACGACCUCAUCGCCAUCGCCCAAACCGGCACCGGGAAAACCCUGGCCUACCUGCUGCCAGGGUUCAUCCACAUGGACGGCCAGUUUGAAGCCAGCGCUGAUCGCAGGGGUCCUGGCAUGUUGGUGCUGACUCCCACCAGAGAGCUGGCCCUGCAGAUUGAAGUGGAAUGCAACAAGUACAGCUACAAAGGCUACAAAAGUAUCUGCAUCUAUGGUGGAGGGGAUAGGAAAAGCCAGAUCAGCCUGGUGAGGCGCGGUGUGGACAUCGUCAUCGCCACGCCAGGACGACUAAACGAUCUACAGAUGAACGACCUCAUCAGUCUUCGCUCCAUCACCUACCUGGUGCUGGACGAGGCCGACCGGAUGCUGGACAUGGGCUUCGAACCUCAGAUAAUGAAGAUUCUCUUGGACAUCCGCCCGGACCGACAGACUGUCAUGACCAGUGCCACCUGGCCCACGGGUGUGAGACGACUCUCCAAGUCCUACUUAAAGAAUCCCAUGAUGGUUUACGUCGGCACCCUGGACUUGGCGGCGGUUAACACGGUGGAACAAACCAUUCUGAUCGUCCGCGAAGAAGAGAAAAAGUCCUACUUGUUUGACUUCAUCAGAAAUAUGUUGCCGGAGGAUAAAGUCCUCAUCUUUGUUGGCAAGAAGCUUGUGUGUGACGACCUGUCCAGCGACAUGUGUCUGCAGGGUAUGGCUGUGCAGAGUCUCCAUGGCGGCCGUGACCAGUGUGACCGCGAAGAAGCCCUCAAGGACUUUAAAGACAGUCGAGUUCGUAUCCUGGUCGCCACGGACCUGGCGUCCCGGGGGUUGGACGUCAUCGACAUCACACACGUCUUCAACUUUGACUUUCCACGUAACAUAGAGGAGUACGUCCAUCGUGUGGGCCGCACUGGCCGAGCUGGACGCUUGGGCAAUGCCGUUACCCUGGUAACAAGAGACAACUGGAGGCUGGCCCCUGAACUGAUUCAAAUCCUGGCGCGAUCGGGAAAGGAGGUCCCUGAGGAGCUGGUGCUCAUGGCCGAGAGAUACGAGAAGCACAAGAGGGAGAAGGAGCUGGAGGGUCCGAGGGGGGGGCAUGGAGGCCGGGGGGGGAGAGAAGGUGGAGGAGGAUGGGGAGGGGGCGGGGGGGGAAGAGAAAGUGGAGGAGGAUGGGGAGGGGGCGGGGGGCGGAGAGAAGGUGGAGGGGGAAGAGGAGGCAGAGAUCGGGACCAAAACUGGGGUUUCUAA